UGUUCUACAGCAUGAGACCAGAAUCUUAGAAGAACAAGCAUUCCAAUAAGAUCCAACAACCAUAAUGGAAACAAUUGGAGAAAACUCGACUAAUCGGAGUGAUUCGGGUGAUGAUUUUGAAGGAUUUGAUGGCUUAUGUGAUGCUCAAAAAACGGUGAGAAAAUUCGAAUGUAUUCAAGAGGCAAUAAGGGAGUGGAAGUGUGCCUUUACUAGAAAUGACAAAGAUUCAUGCUUCAAAAAAGACUGUUACGUGGAAAAUGAAAAAUAUACAUGUAAGUAUUGUGUAGAUGGAAGUCGAGAAAUGUUCCGUGAAGAAAAUAACAAUUACAAGAAAAAUGCUUCAUCUUUUAUCUUUGAUAAAAAACCACCGAAGAAGAAAUUUCUACAGAAGUGUCAUAUCGAGUCUGAUACUACUAACGAAAUUGGCAAUUUGGAAAAAGAAAAUCCUGAUAUAGAAUCCCACUCAGAUAACUAAAUAUCCAAUAGAAUAGGGCUGCAACCAACCCUUACAUUAGAUAACAAAAUAGCUAAUCGAAUAGGACUGCAACCAACUCUUUCAUUGGAAUACAAAAAUCACUGUCCAUUUUGCUCUGUUCUAAUAAGUGGAUAUCAUAAGUAUUCAAAACAUGUUUUAGAUCAUAGAACAAAAGCAGAUAGUUGUAAUGCGGUUAAUCAACUUCCUAAUGAACAAACAAUACCAAACAGAGGCUUUUCAACUAAUGAAAAUUCGGAAAAGGACGAGGAAA